CACACACACACACACACAUGCGGAAGUACGUCAUUUUUCGGGGGGCGACAACAGCACGGGGGGGAAAAGACAUUUAAUUGUUAUUGUUAGCCGCUCUUUAUCAAAAUAGCCAGACAUACAGAAGUGCCGUGAACGUUUUGUUUUUAUUCGUACAUGCGCAGGAUAAAGAAGUUCACGACCACGGAACGACUGAAACACACGGGAUCAAGCCAACGGAAAUAUGAACGAUGCAGAAACAGCCAGUAGGAAGCAUGCAAGUUCCCAAGAGUUGCAAACCCCGAAAAAUGAGGAUGCUUAUGAAAUCUCCAUCCCAUUUGAGGAGAACAACUAUGAACAGCAGGCUGGCUUUUACAACCAGAACGAUCAAAACUUCGACAGCCAGUGUAAUGAUCCUCCAGCUCCUGCAAGCUCCUACUUGCUGAUCACAAACCUGCGCACACAGCUGCAGAUUUCUCUGGAAAAGAACUCGUGGCUGCAAAAACGCAUCGAAGACCUAGAAGAGGAGAGAGACUUCCUGCGCUGUCAACUGGACCGCUUCAUAUUCUCUACCAAGAGUCAGGAAAGCAAUGGUAAUGAUUCUCGCAGUUUUUCAUGGAGGAGACGACGAGAGAAUGAACGGGAUCAGCAAGCAGAGGUUCAGCGGUCAGCUAACCGCCAGUCAUUCCCCCAGCGGCCUACUCAGCAGCCCCCAACUAACUCCAAGGUCAUGAGCACUGGUUCUGGGCCAAUCAGUGCGCAGAUAAGUUCUGUGUUUGGUCCCUCCCACUCUCAGCCUCUCCUACACAGCCAUGGCGGUGGAGGUAGCAGCAGUGGCAGUAGUAGUAACAACAGAUCUAUGAAUGAUCUACCAGAGUCGCUCUCACUUUUGGGGGAUGACGAAGAAUAUUUGGAGGACAGCUACCUAGAAGAAGACGAAAUGAUGUCUGGGGAGGAUGUGAUGGCAGAAAACAUGACUAUAAGGAAUAUGGGUGCUCCUGGAAGGCCACCUGGGGGCCACCCUGCUCUGAAGAGGAGGAGGGUGUUCAGAAUAGCCAGAGGCAGAGAGAGACAGAGGGUGAAAGAUGCAGCUGGGGUGUUGUUCCGCUAUAAGAAGAUUCUAGUGACGUACCAGCGGCUAAAGAACAUGUCUAAGGCUUUCCAGAUCCAUGGUGUGGACCGUAACACAGUGGCCUCCACAACACCUAUUGCAGAGCUGCUUCUUGUGGCUCCAGAAAAGCUGGCCGAGGUGGGCGAAUUCGACCCAUCCAAAGAGAAGCUGCUGGACUAUGCGCGGCGUUGCUACAUCGCUUUGGACCCGCAAACCCGCACUAAAGUCCAGGCACUAAAGAAGAACAAUCUGCUACUCCCAAUCUCUUACAGGUUGAAAGGAGCUGAUGGCCGAUAAUUGGACAGGAGUGAUCGACCUCUGACCUGUUGUAUCAUAGAAUCCCUCACUGUAUUUUAAUGCACCAUAGAGCACAUCUCCACUUUGUCAACUUCCAUCCUUGUGAUGAGAUCAGGUGUACUCUGAAUACCGUACUGUAUUACCUCUUAUCUUCUCCACAGUGCACACGCACACACACACACACACACACACACACACAUAGAGCUGAAAAGGGCUGGGCUUCCAGGAAGACUGUUUGGUAGAUACUGUCACUUGUUUAAAUAAUUAUGUAUAUUGUGAGAACUGUCUGUCUUGGGCAUGAGCCCUGUACCCUCUAUAGUUCUGUGAUGUCCUAUGUACUGAAGUACUGUAUCAGGGGGUUCUCAGCUACAUUCCAGAAGGCCAGUGUAUGUUAUCAUCCAUGUGUAUAUGUUUGUGGUAAAUGUCCCUCAGCCACUUACCUUGUUACUGAACCAUUCAGUGCUAGUCUGAGGGGUACACACACCUGUGCUCUUUGCUUUAUACUGUGCUAAACUGCACCGACUCAGAAUCUAGGACUGUAAGGCCUCCUCACGGUGGAAUUGUAUUUGUGUUGGUGCAUGUAUAUCCCUGACUCGUGACCUCUCUCUUUUUAGACAUCGCUGACUGUUGAGCAUGAAAAUAAUGUAUACUGAAACCUCAGCUAGUAACUGAGAUCACACAGGAGCAACCAGGAAUGGGACAAUAGUAUCACAAUAGUUCAGUUGUGAAUAUGUAUAGUUCAUGUGUGUUUGCUAUGAGCUAUGAGUGUUUCUGAAUGACUUGCUGAGCGUGUGUUUCAAAAUGGUGCGCGUGUGUGUAUGUGUGGUUUUAAACCAUAACACUCAUGACUACUUCACUUUCCCAUAGUUCAGGGAAAAAGCAGUAGAGUGCAGAAACAGCACUCAUCACCUUGCAAUCAUCCCCAUCAGUAAAUUGUGUAUUCGUAACUCUGAUGUUAUCUCGAUGUUCAUUACUAUUGAUUACGGGUUGGGGCUGCUGGACAUUUCAGUCAUGCCUCAGGAACUAAUCAAUUUCUGUAAACGUUUGCAAAUGUAGAAGGAUAGUCUAGUUAUUACGUGAAGGUUGAUGUCAGUAGCGAUACACUCAACAAGUUGUUUCUCCUCCCUUUUUUGUAAAUCUAUAUGUUUUAUCUCAUCCUGAUCCAAGAGACUGUUUAUUCAAUGCCGUUUUUGUCAUGCCGAAACAGAAAAGAAAUGUCCUGUUGAAUUGUCUGAUUAUAAAUGACACUAAAGUGAUUUCCUACUGAA